AUGGCAGCCUCCGCGUCAUCAUCCCAGGGCAUCAACAGAGAGCAGCCGGUGGACGCCAAUGUCGUCAGAGAGCGGGUCACCAACCAAAUGAUGCGUGCCCAGGACCUCGCCCUUCAAGUGAUUGACCGCCAUCAGAGCGCUACGCGCCAAGAGGUCGCCAAUCUUGACGCCGACAUCGACAAGCAACCGCGGACUUGGGUCAUCGCCGUCGAUGACAACCAGAAGCGCCUGCGCGUCGAAGCUCUAUGGAGCGACUCCAAGUUACGCUGGGUGCGUCACCAUGUUGUCGCCAAAGCAUCCAGGCAGCUCGACAUCAACACGUGGUACAACGUAUGCCGAAAGAUCCGCGCCAUCAAGCGCAAGGAGGGCGCCGAGAAGUACAGACCCCGCAACGUCCACUGGGUCGAGGCCGCCAAGCAGAUCGCGGAAGAACGCCGCGAGGCCAACAAAGGAAGAGGUCAGACAGAUCCUCCGCGCCCGCGUCCUCCACAUGAUCGACCAGUUCACCACGGACAUCUUGGCCACCUCCGAGCUGCAGCUUGCCAGGAUGAUGGCCGCCUACAGGCGGUGGUGGACAACAGGCGCUGGCUGCGGAAGAUCACACCACAUGCCACCAUCGAGUCGCAGCGAGCCCGGUUUGGCCCCUGCGCAGAAGGCCCUCGUAGUGGCGGUCAAGGACGGCGCCGACUCCGCCACAGCCACCGAGCGCAGGUCAUCAAGAAUCAACGCAUCACCACCGGCGCCGCCGCGCACCAAAAGCAACACAUCCUCUACCUCAUGGAGUGGGAGCGCGCCGAGGAAGACGUGCUAGUGCGGAAGCUCAAGACGGCCAUCCUCAACAUCCAGCAAGAGGUCUCCAGCCGUGACAACUUCAACGCGUUCCUCGUCGAGGCCAUCAAGGAUUCAGCAGCUAAGAGCCAACCGCUGCCGUACUUCCAACGCGAAACCUGGAGUCCCAACAACAUCCAAGACACCGUCCACCACAACCACGAGUUCAGCCUCGCCUCCGCCGCGGACAGCUACACCCUGGAGAACUUCUUGGCGGACCCACCGAUCUAUGACAUGACCCAGUACACCUGGAAUGGGGACCACGAGCAGGGCCUCUUCCGCGCCACACCAUCAAGAUUCACGGAUUCUGAAGCUGAAGAUAUGAGUGCCAACGCGAAGAUACGAACUUUGAGCGAUGAUGAUCCUAUGAGCGAAUCGAGCGCUUCGAGCGAGUUUCGAGCACGAAUUCGAAGAGUAUGCAGUUUGAAGAGCAUCAAAGAUGUCGAAAAGUUUCUGAAGAAAGAAGAGCUUCGAUGCAACGACGACGAAGAAGUGGACAUCGAAGAGUUUGAAGGUCUUGAAGCAGAGAUUGACGAUGAAGAAGAAGCAUUUGAAGACUAUGAGUUUGAAGCUACAAAUGAAGCAGUGCCAACGUGGUCGCAUGAGUUUGAGGAAGGACCACCGAAGUUGGAGAUUGAACGAUUGAUGGACCUGAAGCCGAUAAGCGAAGAACAAGCCACGAAUGCAAACUAUAAGCGCCUCUAUGAAGAUUGUAUGAUUGGAGACACAGAGACGGGCAAUGGAAGCGACGAGGAAGACUCGUGGCGCGAGAAUUCCGUUGGAAUCGUUGAGAAGUAUCGUUUGAAGUCAGAUGAUGGUUUGCCAGCUUUGUUCUAUCGAUUGCCAAAAGAUGGAGAACCGGGAGUCAUCGUACUUUCCCAUGUUGACGACUUGGAAGUUUUUGCAACGAAAAGAGGUUCUGAAGAUCUUGUGAAGAAACUAAAAGCAGAAGGUUUGAAAGUGAAAGUUGAAGGACCAUUGGAAAGAGAGCAUGGAUCCAUUGGUUUUCUGAAGAGAACUUUUACAGCUACGUCUGAAGGAGUUGAGAUUACGAUGAAUGCAAAGUACGUGGAAUCUUUGGAGGAAGUACUUCAGUUGGAAAAGGCAUUUGAAAAGAAACUUCCUAUCCCUGCAGAUGGUGGAAGAGCAAUCAACAACCAGAAAGGAGCAGAAACUCCGUCGACGCCGGAGGACGGCCGCUUGUACCGAAAAGGAGUUGGAAUUUUGCUGUAUUUGGCGCCGGAACGGCCAGAUUUGAUGUUUGCGUUGAAGAAGUUGAGCAUGAAACUGGCGAGCCCCGCACAGGGCGACUUGGAACUACUUCGAUUCGUUGGAAAGUAUCUGAAGGGAGUAUUUCUGCAGAAGUUGAUCGAGCGAAUCACAGGAAUUGCGCCAGAAGUUCGAUUGUGCAUCGAGGAGCAGGCUGCACCUGCCGCACCCGCCUACCAUCCUCCAGCGGAUGAACCUGAGCCCACUGAAAAGGGGCCAGAAACGAUGGCCAAGAGGGAAGACAAAAAGAGAGAGGCCGAGAAGGAAAAGGAAACGGACUCAGCCAAUCCGGACGGAUCCUCAAAUGAGGGUGAAGAGAAAGAAGAAGAGGAGGAUAGUUCAGCAUCCUCGGCAACAAGUUCCGAAGAGGAAAAGGAGCCGGAGUCAGCCAAUCCGGACGGGCCUAUUUUAGAGAGUGUGCCAGCAACGGAAGAGGGCGAUUUGGAAGCUGCAAGAGAAAAAACAGCAAGCGAUUUGAAUGAAGCCUACUUGGAGGCAGUACGCCCAGCAGUUACAAGAGUUGAAGACGUGUUCGUGACGAGGAACGAGUUACGAUAA